AUGAAAGGCCUGUCCAGUAGUCGGAGUCACCAUCACCUGGUCUCCUACGAACCGUCGUACGACCUGCUGGGUCACCACGUCGACCACAAGCCAUAUUUGAUCAGUCAGAAUGACAUGCCGGUGCCCGUCCCCAUGCCGCACCAAGCCGAGCUGGCCUACUACAACGCUCGUACCCCGUACCCCUCCGACAGCAACAGUGUCGUCCCCUACGGAACCUUUCCAAGGAGGUGCCUCUCCACCUCCUCGUCCCUCCAUCCUGAGGUAAAGGAUGAGUGUAUGGCCAUGGUACCAUAUGUAGGGGGAGGAGGGGGAGGAGGCUACGGGGGCAGAACCCCCACCCGGGUGCCGGCAAACUUUGCAGACUCGUUUGAGCGUCAGCCGUCGUUCUCCAGAGACGGCUACCACACACUGCAGUACAAGCGUGGAGUACUGGCCCCCAGUGGGGGGCCGGGGGCCCAACACAACGACAAUGACAGCCCGGGCCGAAUACGCCACCUGGUCCACUCGGUCCAGAAACUCUUCACCAAGUCACACUCGUUGGAGGGGCCGCACCACCCGCAGCCCGCCAAGGGGGCCAAUAACGGCAGCGUUAAUGGUGGUGGUGGUGGUGGAGGAGGAGGAGGAGGUGGUGGUGGUGGUGGUUCAAGGGCCAGCCAGGAGGGCGAGACUCCGCCGGUGGGAGCGCGCCAGCGGAAGCGCAGCAAGAGCCGCGAGCGCUGCCGAUCCGCAGAGCCCAAGCACCGAAGCCACCACCAGCACCAGCAGCUCCACGGCUCGGCGUCCGCUCCGGGCUCCGGCUACUGGAGCUCCGACGACAACCUGGAGCGGGAGCUGUGUCUCUACCACCCUCACCACCACCAACCUCCGCCCUCGCCCUCCAUGUCCCCCUCGCCCAUCGCCAUGACCAUGGGCCGGUACCCCGGCCACAGCCACGACAAGUUCCCCCAGGCGCCCCUCCCCAACCUCUCCACCUCGCAGUCCCAGCAAUACUUCAUGAUGGACCCUUACGGCACGCUCAACGAGCACACGCACGCCCACGGCCACGCCCACGGCCACACCCACUCCUCCCACCACGGCCACGCGCACCACCACUCUGCACUCAGAGCCUCCCGGAGCAACAGCGACGUGAAGUACGCGGCGGCGGCGUCUGGCCCCUUGCUGCCUCUGGGCCUUGUGGACGGGCCCCUUGUGAAGAAAGGGGCGUGGUCUUCAAGCCUAACGGUGAGCAGGGCCAGAGAGGUCUACACCAACAGCAGCAACCACAACCAGCUUCGAGCCAGCGCAGGACCCGGUAACCUAAACCUAGAUAGAGCUCUAGAACAAGCUAAGGCCAGUCAGCAGCAGGAGCGCUCGUACCAUUUCUUACAGGUGCCUCAGGACGAGUGGAGCGGCUUCUCCCCGCUGGGGGGGAAGGAGGCCGACAUCCCGUGCCGCCGCAUGCGGAGCGGCAGCUACGUGAAGGCCAUGGCGGAGGAGGAGGACAGCGGCGACUCGGAGGGGGAGGGGAGCCCCAAGCCCUCGCCCAAGAUGCAGGCGCGCAGGGCCAGCUACCUGAGGGCCACGCAGCCCUCGCUCACCGAGAUGACCACGCUGCAGAUCUCGUCGGAGCACUCGCCCAAACUGCAGAUCCGGAGCCACAGUUACCUGCGUGCGGUGAGUGAGGUGUCGAUCAACAGAAGCCUGGACACCCUGGACCCCAAAACCCUCCUCGACCCCAAAUUGCUGCUGUCCUCGCCCGAAUACCGCUCGCGCAAUGAAAGCUACAUGAGGGCCAUGAGCACCAUCAGCCAGCUGAGCGAGCUGGAGGUGAACGGGCAGCUGGAGCAGAUGUGCGAGCAGGUCUACAGUGCGAUGCAGGCCCAGGUCCUGGAGGCGGCCAUGGACAGCCUGGAGACCAUGGACACCCUGCCGAUGCCGGGCUGCUUCCGGAUGCGCAGCCGCAGCUAUGUGCGGGCGAUGGACCAGGGCUGUGAGGAGGAGGACGAGGAGGAAGGAGAAGGAGGAGGAGGGGGGCCGCUGCUCCUGCUGCCCUCCUCCUCCCCACCACGCACAUCUGCCACCACCGUCAGGACCAUCCAGAGCAGCACAGUUUCAUCUUGCAUCACCACCUAUAAGAAAACCCCUCCCCCGGUGCCGCCCCGAACCUCCACCUGCUCCGCAGCCUCCAAGCCCUACAUCUCCAUCACGGCCCAGAGCAGCACAGAGUCGGCACAGGAUGCCUACAUGGAGGAGGAGGGACCCCGCGGGGACAUGCACAUCCAAUCAGGGUUCAGCAACUCAACGGAGAGCAUCGACAGCAUGAAGGCCCUGACGGCCGCCAUAGAGGCGGCUAAUGCACAGGUACACGGACCAGCUAGUCAGCACGUCAGUAACAGCACCAUGACGGUCAGCGCCCCCGCCCCCUCGGUUGAAGUCCACCGGGACGUGUUUAGGAAAGAAGCAUUCAGGAAGGGCAGAUGUCUCUCCAUCGGCAUCCAGGUGGACGGACCGGAGGACGUUCCAGAUCCAGAGGACCCCUCCAAGUUUACCUCUGUAGGGGUGCAAGUGGAGGAUGAGAGAGGGUAUCGUCGGUUCCAGCGCUCCAACAGCGUGACAACAGCUGUCCAGGCCGACAUGGACCUGCCGGACCUGCUCGACCCGCUGCUCGACUCCCCGGACACCGACGUGGAGGUGCUGUCGUCCGGCGCCCUCUCUCGACAGUACUCCCGCGACGCCACCACCUCCACCGUCAGCAUCCAGGGCUCAGGGAACCACUACCACGCCUGUGCCUCCGACGACUACGACGACGUGGGCUUCGACCCGUCCAUCCUCCCCCCCCCAGACCCCUGGAUAGACAGCGUCACGGACGACUCGCUGGAGGUGGUUCAGCGGUCAGUGUGCCAGAGAGACGGCCGCUGGUUCCUGAAGCUACUGCAGGCCGAGACCGACCGCAUGGACGGCUGGUGUCGACAGAUGGAGCUCGACCAACGGGACAACGACCUGCCUGAAGACGUCCUCGGGAAGAUGCGGAGCGCCGUAGGAAGUGCUCAGCUGCUGAUCGCCCAGAAGUUCCAACAGUUCAGGGAGCUGUGUGAAGAGAACCUGAACCCCAACGCCCACCCUCGCCCCGUGGCCUCAGACCUGGCUGGUUUUUGGGAUAUGCUCCAGCUGUCGAUCGAGAACAUAAGCCUCAAGUUUGAUGAGCUCCACCAGCUCAGAGCCAACAACUGGAGACCCCUGGACCCCCCUGAACAACAGGUACCCAGGAGGCUCCCACCUCCGGUGCCAAAAAAGCCACCCAAGGGCCCCCACCACCACCCCCCUCUGGCCAGGGACCGCUCACUGGAGAGCUCCGAGAAACAGCGGCAGGAGGCCCGGCGGCGCCUCAUGGCCGCCAAGAGGGCGGCGUCCGUGCGGCAAAACUCGGCCACGGAGAGCGCCGACAGCAUCGAGAUCUACAUCCCAGAGGCUCAGACGAGGCUAUGA